AUGUCUUUUCAAGGAAUGAUGAAUGCCAUUCGUGAGUUCCACAGGGCCGAAUACAAAGCCGUUAGCCAACUGUUCGAACGGAUGGAAGAGAUGCAUCGGAUCGAUUAUGAGGUGGACCAUCUAGAGGAGGAUGCGUCCAACUGGACCUCAUGGCGUAACAGUACGGAGGACGCCAUUGCAUGGCUCACUGGUGUCGAUGACUAUUUGGAUGUAAACCGGCCAAUUGUGGCCACGACUGUCAACUUAGUAAUAGACAGGUUGGCCCUCGAUAUCAUCCGUCGCACCAUUCAUGACAAUCAUGAUGAAAUUAUCCGAGAAGCUCCCAGAGCCCGGCAAGCAAUCACUUGCCUGCGACGUCACUUUGAUCCUUAUGCGACUGGGCGUUUGGAACGAGGCGAAGGCCGAUUGUAUAGAUAA